AUGGAGAACAUAAAUGCCUCCAACUCCGAUUUGCAAGACUUCCCCGGGUCAUUUUUUCUAGGCUUUGCAAGGGUCGAGAUUCGAAAUUUUGAGUUUGGAAUAAAUGACGAGGGAAAUGUGCUGAACUACCUUCAAUUCUUUGAGUGCAAUGGGUGCUCGCGUUUGGACCCCGAGCAUCACGUAUCCGCAGUAGUAAACCAAGAUGUGUUCACAAAUAUAAUUGAAUCGCAGAAUCUAUCUGCGGCCGACUUUGAUGACGUGAAACACCCGCCCUUGCUACAGCUUGAGUCAGGCAAUAAACUGAGGUGUAUCCGGGGACAUGAUCUGCUAGAGGCAGCUCACCGGUACCUUCCUCCCGGCGAGCGAUGGUGGUAUACAAAACUCUAUAGUGAUGGUCAGUCUUAUAUAGUCGAAGCCUACUAG